CUUCCGUAGGUUCCUGCCUCAAUAGAACGAUCGAUCAGUAGACAACAUGACGAGCUUCUUCUCCACGCUGCCACUCCUCCUCUUAUCUUUCCUCCUCAUUUCGGGAGUUCAAGCUGAUGGCGGCUGCCCAGACGGUUACGAGCCGAUCAUACUCGAUGGGGAAGCUGUAUGCGAGCAGAUUAUUCACAAAUGUAUUGGUGGUGAGGAACGGCGCUACGUUGAUAGUCACAACGCACGUCUCUGCUGUGACCCCAGAGAACAGCUGGUGAUCUACGACGAAGUGUCUCGUGCUGGUGUGUGCUGUGGUUUUGACCAGGUUUACACCGGGACCAAACCCAACGGCAAAUGCUGCCCACCCAAAUCUGUCUUGAAUAAAGACGGAGCGUGUAUCCCUGAGCCAAUACCCUCGAGCUGCCAAGGUUGCCCCGCUCAACAGCCAAAUGCAUGUCAGUUGCGGGUUGCUUGUGGAGACGCCGCGAACACAGGAUUACAGUUCGGCAAAUGCUAUCAGGUGUUGCUCCCUAACGGACAUCAACUUGGAAGGACUUCUACGGAUACGUAUAUUCAGGGCGGGGACAUCCAAAACAUCCCAUACCAGGUCUGCAAGACGCCGACGGAUUGCGGAACUGGACCCGUCGCGACUCUCCAAGACUUCUACGUCAAGGAUCUCGUUGGGCCGGCUGAUGGCUCAGCACCUUUCGGUUGGGUACGUGCGGGCUCUCGAUUAGUUCGCCAAAGCGCUCAAUGGUUCACUUCCUCAAUUUUUUGAAAACCACUUUACGUAUAUAGAUGGUGAGUAGGAACAUUCAGCUAGGGGUAACCCAUUAAAUGCUCUUCUAAUCCCCUCCCUCCUUUUAUCCUCUCAGAGCAACUCCUUAAACGGCGCCCACAUGACUAUCACCACGAGUAACAACAUCGUUGACCUUGCCCACUUCAAUGGACGAACAUCGUGCUCUUCUUGCAAGUGCGUCGUACAAGUCAGCGCGUCAUAUGCUUGCCCGAAUAUUCAUCCCGGUAUCACCUUCUGGCCAAACAAGAAGGUUACUUUGAAGUUGCAAUUCUUGGAGAUCCCAUGCAACGGACGAUUCAACUUCCCGAUCUAAUAACAGGCUGGUUAGAGGUCUACGCUUCUGAUUAUUCUCUGACUACGUGGCCGAAAUUCCUUAUAAAUCGUAGCUGCACACAUUUAAAUGUUUCCUUUAUAGUAUAGUAUAAAACGUGCCUAUCCUUCCAAUAGAUUCAGAGUUCCAAGUCAAAUAUAUUUUUGUGUGGUAUCAGUGUGGU